AAUACCAACCAGAGGAAAAACCCAUGGGAGAGACAUUGUCAGGAAGGACACGAAGCCUUGACAAUCGGUCCAAGCCCACGGCCCAUUUCCCCACGACAGCCGCCCGCCGCCGCCGCCAACCCCAAAAGGGUAAACCCUCAAACCCUUUGCUCCCGUUUCAAACUCGUAUUUGAACCUCCCGAAUCCGAGCGGACGGUCGCUGCAAUUUCGAAAAUUUCCCCUCCCUCCCCCACGAGCUGCCGAGCGGGCGGGCUGCUCGCCGCCGCACCACCCACCUCCGCCGUUUCAAAUUUCAAAUCCUCCCCGACGCGCCCCCACACCCCCCCGUGCCCCCGAUCUAUCUAAUCCAAUCCAUCGCCGUCCCGAUCCCCCAUGUCUCUUCUUCUGUGACUGUGAGUAGGCGCGAGCGGCGAGGCGUUUCGUCGAGCACAUGGAGGGCGGCGGCGGAGGCGGUACGGACAUGAACGCCGUGCCGGAUGGCGUCGUGCAGCACGUCCUGUCGAUGCUCAGCAACGUCCGCGACGUGGCGGCGUGCGCCUGCGUGUGCCGCCGCUGGCGCGAGUGCGUGCCGUACCUGCCGGCGCUCUUCUUCCCGAGGAACGCCUUCGACACGGCCGCGGCGGCGGGGGGCGCCGCGGACGACGCCAUCGGGCGGAUGGUGAGGUCCGUCGAGCGGCUCCGGGAGCUGGUCAUCUACUGCCCCUUCUCCAUGGCCCGCCUGCCCGAGUGGCUGGCCCUGCGGAGCACCUCGCUCAGGGUGCUCGAGCUGCGGAUGGACGCCGCCGCCGCCGAUAAGGCGGAGGACGGCGGGUACCUGGACUGCAUUGGCCUGGCCAGGGGCCUGGAGGAGCUCAGGCUCUGGGGGGUCUCGCUCACGGCCGCGCCGGCGUGGGGCCGGCUGGACAAGCUCCGCGUGCUGGAGAUCGUCGGCGCCCCGCUAGAGGACAGCGCCGUGAAGGACGCCAUCUCCGCGUGCCCCAACCUCACCGACCUGUCGCUGCUUGGAUGCGACUGCUCGGGCGCGGUGUCCAUCGAACUCGCGCUGCUCGAGCGAUGCCGGCUUGACUUCCUCGGAGCCGGCAACUGCUCCCUCUCGCUCGCCGCUCCCCGCGUCGAGUCACUCGAGGUCCAGGGCUUCACCUGGAUUACUCUGCGCGGUGGUCACAGCCUCCGCCGCCUCUCAAUCGCCAAAAGCACAGGGAGGGUGUACAAGGUGGACACCGGGAAGCUCCCAGAUCUGGAGCACCUCUCUCUACGCGGUGUCCAGUGGAGCUGGGCUGCAGUAAGCUCUGUGCUGCAGUGUGCGAGGGAUGUGAAGCACCUAGUGAUGAAAAUUGAGUUCAGUGGCGACUUUGACGCGCUCCAGCCAUUCCCGGAAGUCGAUUUGGUCGACUUCUUCAACAGCCACCCGAAUCUCCGCAAGUUUGAUAUUCAUGGUGCCAUGUUUGCUGCUCUGUGCCAGAAAAACAGCUUGAAGAAUUUAGAUGCAAGGUUCUGCAUCCCUUGCUUGGAAGAGGUUUUGAUCACAGUGCGCUCACCACUAAAUGCUGAGCAGAAGCUGAACACCCUCGAGUCGCUUGUGAAGUAUAGCGUGAGGCUGCGCUCUAUGGUCAUCAGAAUCUCGCAGAUGAAGAAUUGCCAUGAUGCCGCUGAUGAUUUCUUUGAGGAGAUAUGUAAGUUCAAAUACAUGAACAACAAGAAAGUCCGGGUUGAAUAAAACAAGAUGCCGUGUGAUUCUUUCAUCAAAUUGAUUUGGUUAAGAACUAGUUUUUUUCUUUCAAUUUACCGUCACUUCAAUAGAGGAUGUGUGUCAAUCCUUCUCGAGUAACUUAUAUUAUGUUGUUUACCUGAUUGAGUUCAAAUGCUGGAGCUUGUUGGUAGAACAAUUUUGAUUGUUGUGCUUGGAAUUUUGAAAACUGUGCUAUUAAUCUCUGUUCUCUUAGCGUA